UGCUGCUGGAUGAAUCAUCCUUACAAAAUGAAUCAAAAAAUGUCUGUAUUCACUCGUGUAUCCCUCGAUUUUCCGACUACAUAUUGUCCAUAUCCGUGAACAACCUCGUUUCUACUAUUAAAUUUUGGCUUUUCCUCUUUAAACACAUGUUUCUCCCCUUUAAACUCUUCCGAGCUCCUUCAAUUUACCAAAAUCUUAGACCCUCCCGAAUUUUUCUUUCCCCCCGCUACACUUAUCCUUUACACAUUUUUCUUUAUAAUUUUCACUUGAAUACGAAUAUUUCCCUUAAAAUUUACACAAUUUUAUAUUUAUAGGAUCUCCGAACUUUAGCUUUGCACCAGCAACUUUCUACGCUGAUGCAGCAAGCACAAUUACAGCAGCAACAACAACCGGCAGUAUCACAAUCUCAACAACAACAACAGCCCUCAUUAUCUGCCUUUUUGCCAUUAAAUCAACAAAUACGGCAGCAACAACAACAACCACCUCCUUGUUCGUCUGCUCAACUUCAACAACAACAACAAACAAAUCCUGGAGGGUCGUCUUUACUUGGAAUUUAUCAACAUUUGCUUUCAUUACAAGCACAGCAACAACAUAAUUCAACACCUACUGUUGCUGGACUUCCACAGCAAUUUAGCAAUGCUUUACAUUUGCAAAAUUCCUCUUCAGCUGCUUCAGUAUUACCACCACAAUUGGGCGGAGGUGUUCCCUCUGCUCAAUCAGCCACUUCAGGAAGCACAGCCGGACUUUUAAGUACCUUGCUUGCUUCAAAUCCAGCCUUGUUGCAUUCUUUACUUGGUCAACAGCAACAACAGCAGCAACAACAAUUGGUUGCUUUAGCUGCUCAAUUGCUCCUUCCUACUGCAGCGCAACAACAGCAACAACAACAAUCACAACAAUCCUCCCUUUUACAAAUGUUAAACCCAACAACUCUUUAUGCUUUUGUUAAUUAUUUGCAACAGCAACAACAAGCACAACAACCACCCCCAGUUAACCAACAACUUCAAUUACUCCUUCAAUUAGCUUCUAAUGGAGGUGGAAAUGUUGGGGGAAAUACUGGAGGUUUGCAAGGAUUGUUGGCCUCGUUGAGUGGUAAUCAACAGCAAGCGUUGUUAACUGCUUUGGCUGCUCAGCAAGCACAGCAGCAACAGGAAGCCACUACCCAACAGCCCCCACCACCACAAUUGCACCAACAACCUCCUCCUUCCCUCCAACCUCAACAACCCGAUGAGAAUCGCUUACUUCUUGAGCAUCUCAUUCGUCAAAGUCGCGAGGUUCAACAACAACAAAAAUUGAUGCAACUUGAAGCUGUCGCUGCAGGGCGCCCACAAACAUAUGUUGGAAGUGAACAGAUUGAACACUCCACACCAGCUACUCUUUCUCCCACAAUAGGAGGCUCUACAGCUUCUGAAGUACUUCCUGCUGCUCCCCAACAAGUACAACAAACCUCUGCUGAAGUUCUUGCUGCACAUCAACAACAACAGCACGAAAAUAUUGGGGCAACUAUUCAUUCUCAGAUUAACGCAGAACAACAAGAGCAGCAACGACAAGGGCAGGGAACUCCUAAUGAGCGUUUAAUGACUUCUGAGGCUGUACAAGAUAGAAUAUCGCGUCUAAUCAGCGAGAAUGAGGCUAUUCUUGAACCUAACCCUGUUCUUUUGAAAAGAAGGCCAUAUCAAAGACAGAGCACUUCAAAUUCUAUGACUUCACAAACGUCGGAGAAUGCUGGUACUUCACAACGAGGAUCACCAGGCAUUCGUUCACCCGGUCCCAAACAUCAUCCAGCCACAACUCGCUCCUAUUCACUCCAUGAAACUUCAUUUCUUCGUUUUGGAGGAGGUUCCCUAACUUCUGGCCAGCCUAUUAAUCGUCAACAACUUUCCCUUCAACCCCAACCUUCUCAUCAACAUUCCCAACAAUUAACUUGCAAUUUUUGUCAUUUAAAAUUCCCCAAUGAAGCUGGACUUGAAGCGCAUGAAUUACGUUGUUCAAAGAAGGAUUCAAAUUCUUGUAGCAAUCAAAUUCUUCUUCAAAAACAGCAAAGCCAGCCACAAUUAAAAAUGGUACACCAACAAAGACAACAACAACAGCAGCAACAACUUCAACUACAAUUACAACAAUUACAAGACCAUCAGUCUACUAUAGCUGCACUUGUUGGUGGGGGAAAAGGUGUUGCUAGAGAUUUGGUGAUUAAUGGAAGUGGUGGAGGACGUUCUUCUGUACCUUCACUAAUUCAACAACAUUUUUCCAAACAACAAAGCAACAUUUCCCAAUUAGUAACUUCAAGUUCAUCAGAUUCCCGUUUAAAGAAGCGUGGAUUAGACCAAGAUAGUGGCAGUUGUGGCAGUGGGACAGAUUCUUUAGAAAUGAUUUAUGACGUCUCUAAUGGUGGCAAUGGUGGUGAACAACAACAACAGCAGCAGCAUGGAGCUGAAUCUUCCAAAAUGGCACGAAUUGUUAGUAAUUCAUCUCCUCCUCCACCUUCUCUUACUUUAUUUUCUAAUUCUAAUAAUACUCCUCCCUCAACUUCUGGGGAAGAAACAAACAAAAGCAAUAAUUAAUAUUAUUUUUCUCUGACUCUCUCUAUUUUCCCUUAUAUUUCUCUUUCUCUAACUUUAAUUUUUUAAUUUUCUAAAAAUAUUUUUUUCUCCUAAAAUUAUUUUUUGAGCUUAUUAAUUCUGCUUUAGCUUUUCUACUAGCUUUACAAAUUUUUUGUUUUGUUUUUUGACCUCCAAUAAUCCUCCUUUUUUUGUUUUAUCUCCCUUUAAUAAAUACUAUAUUUCUCUAAUUGAGCGGCCGUUUGGGCACUUACCUAU